CUCAAACCGGCUCGGCGGCGGCGGUGCUCCGCUCGGUUGUUUGUAAACGAGACUAUAAAGCUUUACGUGGUUACUGUAUAAUUCAGGUUAAUACACUUUUAUAUCAAUCAUGAAGGAACCGAAGCAGACUCCUAUAAAGGACCUGGCCGAGUUGCGCGCGUACUUCGCGUCGCACAACGCGGUCCGCGAGUACAUCGCGCACUCGUCCAAGGUGCACUCGGUGGGCUGGUCAUGCGACGGCCGCAAGCUCGCCUCGGGUUCCUUCGACAAGACCGUCGCCAUCUUCAACCUCGAGCGGAACCGACUGGUGCAAGAGUUUGUGUUCCGAGGGCACACUGGCUCAGUGGAUCAGCUGUGCUGGCAUGCAUCACACCCAGACUUGCUCAGCACCGCCAGCGGGGACAAGUCCGUGCGCAUCUGGGACACCAGAUCUCGCAAGUGUGCGGCUGUAAUCCCGACGAAGGGCGAGAACAUCAACAUCGCGUGGGCACCGAACGGCGCCGCCAUCGCCGUCGGCAACAAGGAGGACUUGGUGUCGUUCAUAGACACGCGCACCUACAAAGUGGUGACAGAGGAACAAUUCCACUUCGAGGUGAACGAGAUCUCGUGGAACAACAGCUCGGACCUGUUCUACCUGACCAACGGGCUGGGCUGCGUGCACAUCCUGUCGUACCCGGGCCUGGCGCUGCAGACCGUGCUGAAGGCGCACCCGGGCACGUGCAUAUGUAUCGAGCACGACCCCACGGGGCGGUACUUCGCCACGGGCUCGGCCGACGCGUUGGUCUCGCUGUGGGACGCUCAAGAAUUGGCUGCGCUCAGAGUAUUUUCCAGACUGGAGUGGCCGGUGCGCACGCUCUCGUUCAGCUUCGACGGCCGCCUGCUGGCGUCGGCCAGCGAGGACCACGUUAUAGAUAUCGGGGACACAGAGACAGGAGAGAAAGUAGCAGAGAUCCCGGUGUCAGCGGCCACAUUCACUGUAUCCUGGCAUCCCAGCCGGUACCUGGCCGCCUUCGCCUGCGAGGACAAGGAGCCCUCGGAGAGGAAGAGGGAUGCCGGCAACCUCAAGCUGUGGGGGCUGCCCAACCAGGACCGCAACUAACUGUAGCCACUUGACCCACAAGCCCGCUACAACCCCGAGAGGAACAACAAGUCAACAAGUUGUGGGGGCUGCCCAACCAGGACCGCAACUAACUGUAGCCACUUGACCCACAAGCCCGCUACAACCCCGAGAGGAACAACAAGUCAACAAGUUGUGGGGGCUGCCCAACCAGGACCGCAACUAGUGCACUGUGGCUGGCUCUCGGCUGCUGAGCCACUCACCUGCACAAAGUGCCCCUUCAAGACGAUUUGAGACGGGCCUCCGGCUGGACCUUUCCAGCUCCUUGAGCUACGGAAGCCUCUGUACCUUCAAACCUGGACUAAUAGAGCGUCAAUAGGACGAAAUUCCUCCUGGUUAGCCCAUUUCGAAACAAUUGAAGAUUGCAUCCUACAGAAAAGAAAAAACCAAAUUAGCUCCAAGUUGUCAUGAUUGCACAUGACUCUGCCCCUGCUAGAACACAUAUUAUUAUGUGACUUUUUUGUAAAUAUUAUUGUGAAAUAUAACGUGUUAAAAAAAUGAGACAAUAUAGUCAAUAUAUGUAUAGUAUGUGAAUGUGUAGUGAUUUGUGGCUUUGAAAUACUUUGAAUAGAGCCGCAAGAUGUCACAUACAUUGGAUAACGUUACAUUUUAAUUGCACUCUUUUUGCAGUGAUUCUCUUAAAAACAGCUGUUGAGCUACUUUCAAGAGAGUAACUAAAAAAGAGAUGCAAAAUGAGUGUGACGUCAUUCAAGGUUCAAACUUCAAACCGCGCAAAUGUUUGUGGAAGUGUUUAAACAAUUUUGAUCCCAGUUGAAAUCGAAAUGUGUGUAAAAUAAAGCCUGGCCAGUAAUAUAUGAUCAUUGUCUAGAGGGCGCUGUUAUUCUCAUGUAUAUAGGGUGACAGUUCAGUAUAUAUAAAGUAUGAAUAAAUUCGUUCCAGUGAAAUUCCGCAACAUGGCGCGUGAUUAUAUAUUCCUGGUCAGGCUUUACUUAUAAUAAUUACUUUAAUGU